AUGGAUUUGUUUUUAAUUUUAUUUAGAAAUAUAGUUAUUAAAAGAGAAUUAUUUUAUCAACUAAAAAAAUUAAGAUAUUAUCAACAUCUCUCAACUACUCCAAAAUCCUUAAAAUUAAAUAAUUCAAAAUCAAAUUAUUUAAAUGUUAAUAUAGUUUAUAAUGGUAAUGAGGAAUUGGAUGAUUUAAUUAUUCCAUCAAAUUUUAAAACCAUUUAUUUCAAAAACAAUCAAAAUUCAAAUAAAGACAACAGGACGUACUUUAUAGAUGAUGAUCAACCCUUAAAGAAACAGUUGGUCAUAAGUGAAGGAGUAGAUUUUGAUGGCAUUUUACCAGAGUUUUUAGAAGAAUUAAAGAUUUAUCCAUCAAAUGAUGUCCAACUCCAAUUUGGAGAUCUACCUAAAUCUUUAAAAGUUUUAAAAAUUACAUCAACGCUCACCAAACCAGAAAACUUUUUACCUCUUCCACCAUCAAUAAAAAAGGUUUCUCUUAAUAUUUCAAAUUUAAGAUAUACUAUUUUAAAACCAAAUAUUUUUCCACAUGGACUAACCUAUUUAUCCGUCAACACGUCCGAUGCUGUUAUUUUAGAUGGAGUGGUACCGGAAACCGUUGAAACUUUGAAAAUAAAAUCAAUCUACAAUCAAGAUCUUUCUAAAAUAAUACCACCUAAUUGUACAACAUUAACAUAUCUAUAUAGACAAAAGAUAUCAACAUUGCCAAAAUCAAUUACAAAUAUUAAAACCUUAGAUAUCAGUUACGAGGGUACCUAUAUUCAAAAUAAAAUAUCACCAAAAUCAUUAAAAGCAACAAGUCUAAUAAGAAAAGCUAGUAAUAGUUAUAAUGAUAAUGAUAAUAACGUUACUAAUAAUAUAUACUCCUGUAUUUCUGAUUCACAUUCAAAACUAUCAUUAUAUUGGUUAGAUCAAGAGACUGUAGACUAUAUAGCAGGCUAUAAAAAUAUUAAAAAGUUGUCUAUUUAUAAUAAAAAUGUGGUGGAUUUCAAACUUACAGAAAAUAAUAGUUCAAUAACAGAUCUAAAAAUUAUACCAAUGCUUUAUGAAUAUUCAACACUUCCCUCCUAUUUAACAAAAUUAGAGAUUGUUGAUUUUAGAUUCAAGCAAAUAGAUAUAGAUCUAAAGAGAAUAUGCCCCUUACUUAAAGUACUAGUGUUUUCAUGUGUUGGCAGUUUUAAUAUAACUUUUCCAAAUUGUUUAAAAGCUUUGAAAUUCAAGAGUUAUCGAGAACUUUUAAAAUUAUUUGAUUUGCCCCCAACAUUAGAAAUAUUGCAAAUAGACAGUGACUUUAAAAACCACAAAACACCAUCAUUUCAUAUCAACGAUACAUUGUUAUUAUCAUUACCAUCACUAGAGCAUUUAAUAUUAAUAGAUUAUUUUGCAAAAGGUGUGCCCUAUACAAUCAAUAAUUUCGGAUCCGCUUCAAAUCUCACAUUAUAUACAAACGACCUAAAUAGAAAAUAUAUAAAGUCAUUAUUUUCCCAAAAUGAAGAUGACUGUGUAUGUUUAGUUGAUGUCCUUUUCAACUUUAAAAAUAUUUUAAAUUUCCAUCAAUUUAACAAAAUUAAUGUUUUCUCAAAAUUAAUAAAUAAAAUACUUUAA